AAGCAGACGAGCGAGGUAAAAUCUGAGCUGUACAGGAAAAUGCAUAAACGGAUUGCUGUGCAGACACUGCGCAUGAAAGAGCUGGGAAGAUUGAAGAAGCCUGAGGAUGCCAAAGAGACGGUAGAAAUUCCCAGCAAGAACGAAUUGCCGAAAUUGAAACGAAAAAUUCAGGAGGAAUCUGAUCAGUCGCCGAAAGUCUGCGAACAGAAGGUGAAGGUGGAGAAGCCGUCCCGCAGCAUUCAGCAGAAAAGAAGCGCAAUAUUGCUACCGCAGUCACCUGUUGUACUGGCGAAAAGGCCGAGGAAUUUUUGGUCAGAACGAGAAAAUUAG